AUGUGUAUAACUUAAUUGUAUAAUUUAGAAUGCUCUUAAACUUAAUCUAAAGCUUUAUCUCAUCCCUUUUCAAUCAUUGAGACCUCAACAAUCAGAGUAACUAAAAAUGAUAUAGAAAUUUAAGAUAACAACAUUAAUAAGAUGUUGACUCUUAACAUUGAUGACAUCAAAUUUAUGACAUGGAUAAAGCAUGAAAAUAUCUAUGAGGUUACCUUUCAAAAAAAACAAAACUUUAAAGAAGAUAAAUUCAUUUUUGAUAUCUACCAUGGGAAAUUAGGAUACUAAGCCCUUAUUACUAGGAUUGCAUAACCCAAUUUUGACGAUAACUAUGAAAGGAUUGAAACUAUCAAACGAAUAUAAAAUGGAGAGAUUAUGAAAUGUCGUAGACGAGAGAAUAAUGAAAUUUUUGUUGCAAAAGUUCAAUAGAAUAACCAUUUUCUCAUAGAAAGAGAGCUAAAUAUUAAUUUACUUCUCGCUGUAAAUCGACAUGAAAAUGUAGCGAGUAUGGUUGAAUAUUAUUUUGAGGAUGACAAAAUAAUACUUAUUUAUCCAUAUUUCUCAGGGGGCACCUUAAACUAACUUAUUAGUGCUAAUGCUAACAAUAUAAGCCAGCUCAAAGUAAAGUCAAUCAUGAAAAAAAUUUUAUCUGGGUUGAAUCACAUCCAUAGUUUAGGCAUCAUACAUAGAGAUAUAAAAAUGGAUAAUAUAAUGUUAGAAGAAAUUGAUGAUCAUAAAUGUGUUAAAAUCAUUGAUUUUGGAUUUUCAGCAUUCAAAGAUAAUUUGAAUUAUUUAUCUGAGAAAUGUGGCACAAUUGGGUACUUUCCUCCUGAGAUUAUUAAUGGGUAGUUUUACAAUGAGAAAUGCGAUAUAUAUAGCUUAGCAUAAGUUUUUCAUACACUUUUAACAGGAAAUCCAAUGUUUGAUAGAAAUAUGAACAGAUAAUAAAUUAUUAGAUUAUCUAAAAAUAAUUUAUUCAAGAUUGAUUAUAGAAAUAUCAAAGAGGUCAAGGCCUAAUAACUAUUAUUUAAAAUGCUUGACUUUUAAGAAAAAAGAUAUGAUGUAAAACAAUGUUUAGAGCAUUCCUAUUUUUCGAAAGCAGUAAAUUUGGAUUUAAAAAUUAAAAAUGUAGAAACCUUGAAGUUCAAAUCUCCUUUCUGAUAUCCUGCUAUGAAUAUUAUAUAUUUAUUAGUUGUUU